AGAAGUUCUUCUUGGCUGUUCCGCCGCUACUGCCGGCCACGGAGAAGAGCCCUUGGCUGGCGCGGCAAGACUUCCUUGAUCUUGCACCCCACGUUGACGGCUUCUCGGUCAUGACCUACGACCACAACACAGCCACGGGGCGGCCUGGGGCCAACUGCCCGCUGCCCUGGCUGCAGGCCAACAUAAAGCACAUGGAGAAGGGGCCAAAGCGUUCGAAGGAGCCGCCCCUGCCAGAGGCAGUGCGCCCGCGUGUGCUGCUCGGGGCGAACUUCUACGGUUGGGAUUUUGCGCCCUCCCGCGGCGGCCUGGCUGCGGUCACCGUCUCCGACCUCGUUCCGCUGCUGCAGAAGCACCAGCCGGAGCUGAGGUGGGACGAGGGCGUGGAGGAGCACACGUUCCAGUACCAGGACAAGGAGGGCCAUGUUCACCACGUUUGGUACCCCACGCCCCGGAGCUUGGAGGCGAGGUUACAGGUUGCGCGCGAUGCUGGCGUGGGAAUCUCUGUAUGGGAACUCGGCCAGGGCUUGGAACGCUUCUUCGACCUCUUGUGAUUUGCUAAUUGUAACACCCAUCGGCCAUCGCAGGGUCUCCAACAAACGCUGGCCAAUUGCACGAUUAACCGAC